AUGCCGUCUCACUUUCUUAACGGAGCUAGGCUCAACCUCUGGGAAAGAUUGCUAUACAAAGGUCAGCACAUCUACCCAUUUUCUUCUCAGCAUGCAUUUGAUAAGAUCAUAUCUGUUCACCGGCUCUUUUCUCCAUCUGAAGGUGUUCCGGUGGACUUGAACUCCACACCAUGUGAAGAUCCAAGGAUAUCGGGGCCACCAACUACAAUGGUUCAAGCACUUCAGACGAGUAUAGAGUUAUCCAAGCUUGAAGCACUUGGAGCUUUUAAAAAGAUUCUCAGGACUUGUGGCACUAUUGUGGCUCCGCCAGUCCAGAGGAUUCGCGAUGCAAAGCUGAGAGACGAGGCAGCUGUUGAGUUGGCAAAACUUGUUUGCGCCGAGAUUUCAUGUAAGAAAACAACUGAGAUCCUCCAGUUUUUCAAAGGCAAUGAGAGCAUCUCCAGCGCCACGUCCGAAGGAAUCGUUGAAAUACUGGAGGUAUGUCUCAAGUCCUUCCCGGAGUUAAUCUGGACCACUUUUGAUGGUAAAAGUUGGCUGGCGAUUGCUGUGGAGCAUCGCCAAGAGGAGGUUUGCAGUCUCUUUCUGGCGGCCAACUCGAAUGUUAAUCCGUCCUUCAUUCCUUCCACACCCGAAUAUGAUGAGUCCAAGGCCAUGUUGGAAGCGGCAGCACGGUUUUCACCUAAUUUUGGCUAUUUGAGCGAUGUCCCUGGAGCAGCUUUCCAGAUGCAGAAAGAACUCCAAUGGUUCAAGGCUGUGGAAGGGUGGGUCAAUCCUCAUCAAAAGAUAGUGAUGACGUCUCUCGAAGAAGAAGAAAUGGAAGGAAAUAAGGCAGUGUAUGAGACAUAUUGGCAUAUAUUCCUAGGUGAACACGAGGAAUUGCUUAAGAAUGGAGAAAAAUGGAUGAAGAGUACUUCAAGUUCAUUCUUGCUCAUCUCAACUCUAAUCGCUAUGGCCCUGUUCAUAGCGGCUUUGAUUGUACCAGGAGGCAACAACGAUACCGGGAUCCCCAUAUUGUUAGGAAAGGACUCUUUCGUGGUUUUUGCGAUUUUAGAUACGGUAGGCUUGUUCUUCUCGGCGGCAGCCAUCUUAUCAUUCUCGGCCAUCCUAGCUUCAUCUUCCGAGCCGGAAGAUUUUCUCCACUCGUUGCCGAAGAAGCUGAUAAUCGGCCUGUCCUCCCUCUUUUUCUCCCUGGCUUUCAUGGUUGCAGCCUUUGCUGCUGCUCUUACCAUUGUGUUGGAUGAGAGACUCAAGCGGGCGUGGAUUCCAGUUACUGUACUCGGUUGUCUUCCCGCGGCGUUGUUUGCUGUGCUGCAGCUUCCAUUGCUUUUUCAAGUUGUUAAAUCUACCUUCGGACCGAGCAUCUUCCGGCCCAGAAAGAUUUGA